AGAUCAGCCUGGCCAGAGUGACACAACUCUUCCUUCCCCAGCACAGACGACAGAUCGCAAUCAGCCUAGCAAGUCCACAGCAGCUUCCACUCCCAGGUCGUCUUUAAAAAGAUAGGAUUGGUUUCUUUUUGUAUGUACCCUAACUGGGGAUUAAACCUGCAACCUUGGAACAUUGGAACAACAUUAUAACCAACUGAGCUAACCGACCAGGACCUGACAACACAAUUUAAUGACAACAUCUUAUUUUAUUGUUCAAGAAAGAAGUAAUCUUGUGGCUACAGGAAAACAAUGUUCUUAUGGGUGUUAGCCCUCCUAGUCCUUUGUGGUUUUCUAUGGAACUAUGCUGGUAAAAGACAACCAGAGAUUGCAGACAUCGCUGAUAAGUACAUUUUCAUUACUGGCUGUGACUCGGGCUUUGGAAACUUGGCGGCCAGGACUUUUGAUAAGAAAGGAUUUCGCGUGAUUGCUGCCUGCCUGACUGACGCGGGAUCAACAGCGUUAAAGGCGGAAACCUCCGAGAGGCUUCACACUGUGCUUCUGGACGUGACUGACCCAGAGAAUGUCAAGAGGACUGCCCAGUGGGUGAAAGACCACGUUGGGGAAAAAGGUCUCUGGGGGCUGGUCAAUAAUGCUGGUGUUCUCGGUGUGCUGGCUCCAACCGACUGGCUGACGGUGAAGGACUACAGAGAACCCGUAGAAGUGAAUCUGUUCGGACUCAUCGACGUGACCUUAAAUAUGCUUCCCUUGGUCAAAAAAGCUCGAGGGAGGGUUAUCAAUGUCUCCAGCAUUGGGGGCCGUCUUGCAUUUGGUGGAGGAGGCUAUACACCAUCCAAAUACGCAGUAGAAGCCUUCAAUGACAGCUUAAGACGGGACAUGAAAGCUUUUGGUGUGCAUGUCUGUUGCAUCGAACCUGGAUUAUUCAAAACAGGAUUAUCAGAUCCAGUAAAGGCUGCUGAGAAGAAAUUUGCCAUUUGGAAGGACCUGUCUCCAGAUAUCAAACACCAAUACGGAGAAGGUUACAUUGAAAAAUGUAUGGACAAGCUGAGGGGCACUGUAUCCUUUGUGAACAUGGACCUCUCCCUGGUGGUGGAGUGCAUGGACCAUGCUCUCACAAGUCUCUUCCCUAAGACCCGUUAUGCUGCUGGAAAAGAUGCCAAGACUUUCUGGAUACCUCUGUCUCACAUGCCAACAGUGUUGCAAGACUUUUUAUUGUUGAAACAGAAAGUAGAGCUGGCUAAUCCCAAGGCAGUGUGACUCAGCUAACCACAAAUGUCUGCUGCGGGCUAUGAAUUUGGCUGAUAUCAAGGACAUAUCUCCUUUUUAAUUUUAUUCCUUACCUAAUCCAACCUGGACUCAUUUAGAUCAUGCUUCUUUUGAUAAAUGAAGAGAUCCCACCAACCCUGGUGCUAUCCCAGAGUCUCUUCUCAAGCCUUCCUUGAAAAGAAGGGCAGGAAUGGUACCUGCCCAAUAUUUAGGCUUUGCCUGCUUGGUCUGAUGUAAGAAAAAUGUAAAGGUUUCCCCAUCCAAAAUGAUCUCUACCACUGCUUAACCCAUACUCCCCACCCCCAUUCCUGAAUGUUUAAUAUAUGUCCCUUAUCAAAAUGUUCAGAGAUAAGUAGACUACUUUUGUAAGUGGAUUAGAUGUGUUCUGUUAUCUUACUGAGAAUAAGACUCUGAAGGACUGGAACUCCAUUCUGUGAGCUUUGAUGGGGCAGGAGAAGAAGGGUUAUGAAGUGUUAUGUGACUGGUAUAAGCUAAAGGGCAGUAGACAAACACUAGGGAGGACUGGAAGUAGGAGGGAAGGGAAAGGAAUAGAGGACUGAAAACAGAAAUGGGUAUAAAAGUGGAGGCAGGGAGAUUCCAAGGCAAGCCUUCCUAUCCUAGAGGGGACUAGGGAGGAUGAACAGCCCAUUCGAGACCACCGUGAGCACCGAGGCACAAACAACUGUCUGGUAGAGAAGUGGUAACAACAGAGUAACCAACCAUUCCAAAAGAACAAAAAUGUAGGAAAUAGUUAUGUUUAUUCUGGUGAUUGCAAAUAGAACAAGACUAAAAAUACCUGAUGUAAUUUACACCUGGGGUGGUUGGAAAUCUACAUUUGAAUGGUCUCUGAAGCCCCAUGAAGAUACAGAACUAAAUUAAUGACUCUUUUUAUAGUUACAGUGUGAGCUGCUCUGCUCCUUGCUCAUAUUUAUGGUUCCAAAUUGGAUUGACCCUAGGCCCACUCACCAUCCAAAAAAAUGGUUCUCUAAUGGAUGCUUCCCCAGAUUCUAAUAUCCAUAUCACUCACAAAGUUUUGCUGACAUUUACAUAAAACGCAUGAAAUGUCAGAAUUCAACAUUUGUUGCAGAAUCAUAUAGGGUGAAAGAGCCAGAGAAAUUAUCACACACACACACACACACACACACACACCACUUAUUAUGAAGAGAAUAUUUAAAUCUGCAGCUUAAAAUCAUGUCCAUUUAAAUAUAUCAGCAAUUCUAUCUCUUUUCAUUUACCUUUCUGGAAACAUCUGCCUAUGAGGCAAUGUCCUCCUUUCAAGUGUACAACAUAUCUAUGACUUUGAAAAAUCAAAUUACCAAUGGUAUCAGCCCACCUGGAUACAUAUGUCAUGAUUUUGAAGGAAGAUACAUAUACUCAUCAUUUUUGCAUGAAAAUGAAGAAAAACACAGCAAGAUCAGGUAGAAGAAUUCUCAGGCAAAGUUAGCUAAACUAUUGUCACUACCUACCUGUGAAGUCAUCCCCAGCUUGGCCCUGGCCCUAAAGACAGUUCAUCUGUUUAUCUCUAAUUUCUUCUGGUUACAUUAACCACCAAUCAACCCUCACUCGAUUUGUCCUUGGAACUGAAGUUCAUUAAUGUUGUUUGCCGGGGCUCUUUCUUCUCACCUUGAAUUCCCAGACCUUGGCUUUUUACUGCUUUAAAAUUUUACUUUCAUUUUACUGCUUUAAAAAUGUCUGGCCUGCUGCUCUCUGACCUUCCAGGGCUCCAGGAAGACUUUCAGAACCUGAAAGAACCUCCUUUGCUGAAUUUCAACCAUUCUAGUCCUGUUUGGGGGCCUACCUAAUAGUAUGAUAUCCUUUGUUCUGCCUAGACCUGCUUUCUUUGCUCAUUUCUCCCAGUAGUUACAAUUGGUAACUCCCUGUUUCAUCUAACCAAAGAAAAGUCCUACUUAAAUGAAAGCUUCCAAAUAUGAUAGCACCUCAAAAUAAAACCAAAUAUUCUCACCCAACAGCUUUCAAAGCUUUUAAAACUAAAUGAAAAGGUGGAUGUUUGGAGUAUAAAGGCAUAAGUCUCAACAGAAGCACAAGACCAGAGAGGGUGGUGAUAGGAACAUCGGAAAGCCGCUGCACCAGGAGUCUGAGGUGUGAGUUCCUACAUCUUGCCAUGGCUUGUGUUCUUCUUUGUGCUCUUGGGAAAAUUAUUUUUAUCUAUAAUAUUUUUGGAGACAUAUGUGCUGGGAAUUCUUCUAAGCACUGGCCUGCAGUAUGGAACACAGUGGAUAUGGUCCCUUUCUUCACAGAACUUACUAUCAUCCAAAAACUGGAAGCCACUACUCAGGAUGCCUUGGAGGAGCUUCUCCAGGAAUCUAUGACCAAGAUGAAUGCAGAUGCUGUCUUCUACCACCUCUAGCCUGGGGGAAUCCCUCCUCAUUUAUUUUGGAGGAACCUGGAAAAUCUCUUGGACUUUCAUUCUGAUCUGAUCUAAAAAUGCACCAGUGUCCUGUAUGUGGACACCCACAAUGUAAACAGAUCUGAAGUCUCUAGCUCCUUUACCCCAAAUACACUUUCCCAGUCCAGCACCAACUACUGUUAAUUUUGUCUCCUAAGGAAAUCUCAAGUCCCUCUACUUCUCAUCACCUUCAGUGCAAUCAUCUGUUCAAGCUUCCGUCAUCUCUUACCUCAAUGUAGCAUAUUCAUCCCUGUGUACCUUCAGUGAUUUUCCCUCACAGUCAGAAUUGUUCAAAAUUGAAAUCUGAUCGUUCUACUCUUCUCCUUGCCACCACUUUCUGAAACCCUCCAAUGUGUUCCCAUUGCACUUUGGCUAAAGACUAAAAUGCAUAAUAUGCACUACCUUGCCCUGGCACUCCUCACAAACCUCAUUUUAGGCUGUUGUCCUCAUUUUGCCACCUCAGGGUCUGUGCCCAUGAUCCUCCCUGGAAUGUUCCAAUUUUACCUGCUUGUCUAGUUUCCUCCUCCUACAGAUCUCAUCUUCUUCCUUGGAGAAGCCCAUACAAUUCCAAAUUCUGACCACCACCUUCUCAUCCCAGCUAGGUUCCCAUCUUAUGCAUUCCACUGUGUCCUGUAAUUUACACUUACCAACUCUGUAAUUAUUUGUGUGAUUAGUUAGUUUAUAUUAGUCUCCCGUAUCAGAUGUUAAGUUCCACGAAAUCAGGAACCAUGGUGUUUGCUUAUUUUUGUAUUCCCUUUCAUAGUACAUUUGGCACAUAGACCUGUGUCCAAUAAAUAUUUGUUGAAUGCAUUCAGAAAUCAGCAUCUAUCAGCCUUUCUGACGAAGGGGCAAUCUAUCACUUAAGGUCAAGCUUGCCACCCUCAUUAGUUGUGCCAUCAAUGUGUCAGUUCAUUUAAAAUCCUGAAGCUUCCUUAAGCCUUUGAGUGCUUCUACAGGGACUCCUUACCUAUGGUUCCUCAGAGACUCUUCAGUGUUGCCAUAGUGAUUUCUCAUGACCUGCUAGUCCAGAAACACUGCGGCGGAGCCUCCCUCCAUGGUGAGCCGUCUGGGACCCAGUGGUCACAAAACAAAGGGCUUCAGGGAUCAUUGUAUCCAUUUCUCUGUCUGUGGACAGGACAUGGCCAAGCCAUCCAGGCUGAAGAAAAUCUCUUCAAUUUAAAGUCUCCCCAGAAACUCCAUAACUUCUUUGGCAACCCAGCCCAUAUUUAAUGAGGAGAACUUGUAAGAAAAGUGAUCAAUUUGGGAUCUUUUCCAUACUAUUAAUCUCAAUGAUUCUCAAGAGCAUGAGAGAUUAUAGUCUCAUCGGUAGAGGAACUAGCUAAAUAUUCUCAAAAUGAAAAGCUUUUUAAUAUCUAUAAAUCAAUUGUGACAACUUAAAUGCAGCCACAAUUUAUGAGGAUGAGGGAGGGGAGAAGGGAGGAAGGAAGGGAAGGAAGGUAAAAUUAGACAGUGGGUUUUAAAAGCCAAAAUGCUUUCUUAAACUUCAUUCAGGGUGUGGAGCCAUCCUAAAGGAACAACUCUGAAAUUCUGAGUGUUGAAAGCAUAAGACAAGCCUCCUGGCCAGUGAUCCCCCGUCAGCUUCUGCAUGCUCUUGGACCUUUGAGAAAAAUGAUAACCAGGGUAUAUAGACACUUCUCAUUUUCCUACUCACUUUCCACCUCCUGCUGCUAACACCCUUUUAACAAAUCGGGCGUUUCUUCAUGAGCAGAAAUGUAAACAGCUAUCUCCAUACUUUACAAAUUGCAACGUAUAUUCUGAAUGAAAUAAAUAAAAGUGUCUGGUCAGAAACUC